AUGGAUAAAAUUCAUUCAUUUAAUUAUAUACUCAAGUCAGUAGUUUUAAGAACAAAGAUAUUUCAAUACAUCACAGAUAUUCACGAUCAACUAGCGAAAAAUCGAUCAGAGAGAUAUGAUUGGUACGAUCUUGGUUGUUUCCCAGAUCAACUGAUCAAGUUUAAUUAUAUUCAGAGAUAUAAAGAGAUAUUCAAUACAAUCAUAAGAGAUAAUAGUUGUAAUACAUUAGCUAAUUUAACGAUAAGCAAGUUUAGAGAGUUAUAUUUAGAAUCAUUCUCAUUUGCUUUAGACAUUGGCAAUAUAGAAGCUAUCGAAUUUCUAAAUCAAACACUUCCAAAUGAAAUCGAUUAUAGUCGUCUAGUUAGAAGAGAACAUUAUCAAAGUAAUCUUGCACUGAUCGAAUUCCUUCACCAAAAUGUAGAGAGUUGGUUCGAGAAACUAGGCACUAAAGUAAUGGAUGAUGCUGCAUUUGGAAGUUUAGAGGUUAUCAAGUUUCUAAACUUCAAUAGAACAGAGGGUUGUUCUACUCAGGCUAUCACUAAUGCUGCCACCAAAGGUAACUUGGAAAUUAUCAAGUUUAUACGAGAUAAUCAGCCUACUGUCCAAGUAUUUACCAACAAAAUAGCUGUAAGAUUUGCAGCAAAAAACGGUCAUUUGGAAGUGUUGAAGUUUCUAAUCGAAAACGAGAGUAGUGCUGUUGACUUUUCGAUUUCGGAUAUUUUAGAGAUAGUAAAAGGUGGUCAUUUACCAAUAAUUAAGUAUCUGUUGGAGAUAGAUUAUUAUUUCGAGAUUGCCAACAUCGAGAUUAAAUGGGCUGUUAAUAAUGGUCAUUUCGAAAUGCUGCAAUACUUUUUCGAGAACAAUAUAAUCUCCCAGGAAAACAUAAACGAUCAACAAUAUACAAUUUUAAUAGAUAACGCAGCAAUUAAUGGUAAUUUGGAAAUGUUAAGAUAUUUACACAGUAAUCGUAGUUCGAUCGAAAGUUGCUCUCCGAAUACAUUGUAUUCAACAGCUACUCGCGGACAUUUGGAAGAAGUUAAAUUUCUCUUAGACAACUACGGUCUCCGCACUUCAAAUUUCAUGUAUAUGGAUUAUAUUUUACACGAUGUACGUAGUCAUUUCGAAGUAUUUCGAUAUAUCUAUGAGAAUAGAAGGGAUCUGUUGCUACCUAGCAAUGUUAUGGAUUAUUAUGCAGGUUACAAAGACACCACUGCUUUGCAAUGGCUGAAAGACAAUACAUCGCUACGUUGUUCAGAGCGUGCCUAUGACAAUGUAGUGAAAAGUGGAAACCUACAGACACUCCAAUGGAUUCGAGAGAAUACCACUCUACCUUUUCCAACUGAUCUCCUAGGAAGAUUCAUUACAUACGAAAGAGCAAUGCCAAUUCUUCAGUAUCUAAAAGACAAUGAUGCAUUGAAUGCAUCGAAUUCACCGAGUGCAAUGGAUCGAUCAGACAAUCUGGAAGUGACAUCUUUUUUACAUUACAACUCUGGAAAGUGUUCUUCGGAUGCAAUGUUUAGGGCGAUUUCAAUUGAAAAUAUUCAAAUGAUAAAAUUCCUAGAUCAACAUAGAACUGAACACAUAAACUAUAGUUAUACGAAAUUAAAAUCAAAAAAAUCAUUCAAUUUUCUAGAAAGACUAAAAUUAAUAAAACAUAAGAAAAUAUGA